AUGAGCCAGUCAAUUGUCUUCUCGAAAUUGGCACACAUGGACAUGAGGCGUGGUUUUGUUUGUGGUAAACUUGCGGUAAAAUAUGUAAACAUUCCUCGAGGUUACAAAAAGAAGAUCCGGCAAUCAGGUGUAGAGGUUUUAUGGCCAAGUACCCUUACGGUCUCCUUUUGUACAAACAAUAAUGAUUCAGAAAAGAAACCAUCAGUAAAGAAAACAAGUAAAGCAAUGAAGGCGUACUUGGAAAGAGCCAGGAAACAUGAGGAAUUUAUCAAGAAGGAAAAUCUUGAAUAUCAAAUUGGAAAACGUCAUCUUGCUAACAUGAUGGGAGAAGAUCCUGAAUUUUUCACCCAAGAAGAUGUUAAUAAAGCAAUAGAAUAUCUUUUCCCAUCCGGGUUGUUUGAGCCUAAAGCACGGCCCUUCAUGAAACCACCUGAAGAAGUGUAUCCUCCUCAGAAGGCUGCAGAAUUUGAUGAAGCAGGACGUCCACACCAUUUUCUGUUUUAUACAGGAAAGGCAAAUUUCUAUAAACUCCUUUAUGUAAGAAUUUAUCUUUUGUUAUAA